AUGCAAGGUUGGUUCCUCAUCAUCGAUGUUCUUGGUCGGUCUUUUAGCCCAGUUUCGGCAGCUUAUAAAGUUCGUUGCUGGGUCAAAUUUUCGAGUUCAGACCAGGAACACGUUGACAUGGUGAGUUUGCUAGCUGACAGCAGUCGUCAUCAGCACCAGCAGGAAAUGCACAACAGACAUGGCGGAGAUUUGCACAAAACUGGGUCGAGUCACGCAGACAGUCAGAGUGUGGGACGGUACCCGGGGUAUGCAGCAGCCCCGGGCCCCUCGUACGGGCCACCUUCAUCAGAACCCGCCACAGGAGGCAUCAGCACCAAUUACUAUCAACAACCCCUUAAUCAUCAUCAGCAGCAGAGUCAUGGACAUUCUGCUCAACAACAUCACUAUGCUUCCAGCAGUGAUACUGCUGCUGGUUAUGAUGACCCAUCUGCCCUCUGGCAAACCUAUGAUCAGAGGUACAAGUGCUACGGAGACGAGUUUUGCGACGUUGUGGACAAUUCGUUGAUGUGCGUGCCGAAUUUCUGCCGGGAUUAUUCGCCGAAAUCCUGCAAACCCGGCUGCGGAGCGACCUUCAAGUUCGGGAACCGAUGUCCGGUUUGUGACCCCAUGUGCACCGAAGGUUCCGGUUCCGAUCGCAAACACCCUUGCGAAAACGUGAUUUGCGGACACCCGAACCAGAUUUGCAUAGAAGACGACGGGAAGGCGAGGUGCCAAAUCGUCCCUGCCAAUUUGUGCGACUCUGUCAAGUGUCCGCUGUUUCAAAAGUGCUACGUUGAAGACCGUGUGCCAUUGUGCAAACCGUUUUGGCAGGGGAGUCCGUUUGGCAACAUUGGCCUCUCAUCAAACCCCAACCUGUUUGCCUUUCAAAACCCAGCCCUGGUCCAGCAACUGGCCCUCCUCAGACUACAACAACAACAACAACAACAGCAAUUCAAUGCAUUCUCUCCCACUUCAUCAGCAGCCUUCCUGACCCAAGGCAGGAGCCCAGCUGCUCAACCCCUGAUUGCCAGUGGGGCCACAGGGCUUGGGGCCACUGCAGGCAACUCCUUGCUGACCCCUGCCAUUUCUCCCCAGUCCACAGCUGGGAUUGUGAAUCCCUUUGCAGGGGUAAAUGCUGCUGCCAUUGCUGGCAGACUGCCUCUGAAUGCUGGAGGAGCUGCAGGGUUUGGAGCUUCUCCUUUGCUAGCUGCAGCUCAUGCAUCUGAACUCUACCAUGUUUCAGAUUCUGCUUCAAAAUCAGAGAGCCAAAACACUCUUGAUUCAGUUUUGGAAUUUUUAAAAAGCCACAAAGAAACCCUGGUGACCAAAUUGGCUGAAAUAGCCCUUCCAGUUACAUUUCCUGGACUCAUGAAGGAGAAUGCACACUCAGAUCACAAGAGGAAAAAGUACCCAAGAACCCCCUUGGCAGAUUUAAACUUUGGUCAUCAGCAUCAAGACCAGCCUAUGGAGGACUGGAUAAGUACCAGUCAUCAACAUCUUUUGCCUGGGGCAAGUAAUUCAGGAGAGGUCAAAAAUGCUGAACAAUCUGAAAAAGUUGAAGGAAUGCUGGCCUUUGUCAAACCUGAAACUCAACAAAAGGAACAUUUGUUGUCCAAUGAAGCCCUAUUGUCCAAUGUGUUCUCUUCUUGGCCUGACCAAAAGUGUGAGGGUCUACACAAGAGUUUAGACUUCCUCCUGAACCCAAAGAAAUAUUUCAUCACCUGCAAACUAAUAAAAUUGCUUCAGCAAGCUCAUCUUUCUGACCCUGAGGUCAAAGCAGAGAAGAAUGGACUAUAUCAAGUGGAUGACCUCCUUGGACCCCCUAUGAUUGCCAUUUUGCAGAAUCCUGAGGGGUCUGCAAGACAUUCAAAGAUAUCCUUGAUCAGCACAUUUGGAAAUCCCAAGAGGUUCAAGCGAUCGGUGAUGGAUCCAUUUGUUUCACGUCUGCGGCAAACAGCGUUGCCAACAGGGAUGUUGCCAACUACAACCACAGUCUGUAGUGGCAGACCCAGAAGCAGAAGAGCCUUCUACAGGGCUGCAAUGCCGCUAAUGUCCUCUUGUAGCUGUGGGCCGUGCUACGGACCCGUGGCUUUCCCGGGCGGACCACAGGUGUCGCUCACAACCUCACCCUCUGCUGCGCAUAACCCCGCUAUGUACCCAAGUAGCUCCUACCAGUACAUGUUUGCUCCUCCUCAGCCUACUGCUGUCUUCAGGGCACCUGGCAAAGUUCCAGUGAGUUGA